AUGGGUGGAAAAAUUGAUAGAACUAUUAACAACGGAACAUCGCCGCCUAUAUUCCGUAUAAAUGGUCAAAAUUUUCAUCAGAUUGGAAGCUUAUUACCUUCACUUGGCAUUCAACCGAAAUUUGCCCAAUUAUACAUUCACGAUACAGAGAAUGAGAUAGAAAAUCGCUUCAACUCUUUGAGGGAGGAAAACAAUGGUUCUACGUUGCAUAUUGAGGUAGUACAUGGCAUUAAGCAAGUCCUAGAUGAACACAAUGUGUUGGUUAAGUCAUUCCGAAUGGCCAAGUCAUUUAUGGAAUCUAAUCCUCAAAGUCAAAUUAGAAUGAGAUUAAUAGGAAAGAGGACUAAAGAUGCCAGGACUUAUGCGCUACCAACUACUUCCGAGGUUGCGGCUCUCAUUGUUGGAGAUAUAGACCCUUCGAUGGGGCAGCGGGAUAUUGUUGUCGAGUCUAGAUCUGGAGUCCUGAAACGAAUAAGUGAAUUAAACCCGGCCUAUUUACCAUUGCAAUACCCAAUCUUAUUUCCAUACGGAGAGGAUGGUUUUAGGGAAGAUAUACAUUUUGCAACACAUGGUACAAAACAAGACUUUGCAAGAAAGAGUGUUUCACAAAGAGAGUACUUCGCGUUCCGUAUCCACGAAAGAUCAAAUGAGAUCUCAACAAUAAUGUAUGCUAAAAGGUUAUUCCAACAAUUCUUGGUUGAUGCGUAUACUAUGGUUGAAUCUUCGAGGUUGCUCUAUAUUAGGUCAAAUCAAAAAGCUUUGAGGUGUGAGGCGUACAAAGGUCUGUCUGAUGCGUUGACGCGAGGUGAAGUUCAACCCAGCUCUCAAGGUAAAAGAAUAAUAUUACCUUCAAGUUUCACGGGAGGAGCAAGAUACAUGAUACAAAACUACCAAGACGCCAUGGCAAUUUGCAAAUUUAUAGGUUAUCCAAAUCUGUUUAUUACUUUUACAUGUAAUCCUAAAUGGCCGGAGAUACAACGCUUCUUGGAGAAAAGAAAUUUGAAAGCUGAAGAUCGUCCGGACAUUGUCUGCCGUGUUUUCAAAAUGAAGCUAGACUGUUUAAUUAAAGAAAUAAAAAAUGGGAAACUAUUUGGUCGCGUAAAGGCAGGUGCGUACCGUAGUUCUUUAUAA